AUGCUCUCCUAUUCAGGCAGCAGAUCGUCUGGGGAAGGCGCCGAAGACGAUGACACAAGCAUUAUCGAGCCCGAACAGGGCAACGUCUUAACCCACAUUAUCUCACAACUACGACCUGGUGCCGACCUCAGCCGCGUUGUCUUGCCCACCUUCAUUCUCGAGCCGCGAAGCAUGCUAGAGCGAAUCACCAAUUUCAUGUGCCAUCCUGAGAUGCUUCUCCCUAUUCCUCAAAUCGAUGAUCCGGUCGAGCGCUUCGUCUCCGUUGUCAAGUUCUACCUGAGCGGUUGGCAUAUUAGACCACCGGGUGUCAAGAAGCCUCUGAACCCGAUUCUCGGCGAGGUAUUCUCCUGCUACUGGGACCUACCCAACAACACGCGCGCCUAUUACAUAUCCGAACAGACAUCGCACCACCCCCCAAAGUCGAGCUACUUCUAUGCGGCCCCCGAUCAUCAUAUUCGCAUAGACGGUACCCUGAAGCCUAGGAGCAGAUUCUUGGGCAACUCCGCUGCGAGUCUCAUGGAAGGAAUUGCUGUGCUCACCUUGACAAAUAGGGGGAAGAAUCGGAAGCAUGGAGAAAGAUACUGGUUAACGCAACCAAACAUGUAUGCGAGGGGAAUCUUGUUUGGCAACAUGAAGUACGAGCUAGGCGACCGCAGUGUUGUGCGCUGUCCCGAACUAGGCCUUACUGCUGACGUCGACUUCAAGACCAAGGGAUGGGUCAGCGGAACGUACAACGCCAUUGGAGGUACGAUAAGGGACGAACGCACUGGACAGGCCCUUUUCGAACUUUCAGGCUUGUGGAGUGACGAAAUGUUCAUCAAAGACCUUAGGAACGGACAUAAAGAAAUGUUUUUUGACGCUCGAAAGGCCAAGGCCUCCAAACCACGCGUCCGACCACUAGAGGAACAGAACGAGCGAGAAUCACAGAAGCUAUGGCAAAAGACAGCACAAGCGGUAAAAGACAGAAAUCAUGAGCUCGCAACUACUGAGAAAACCAAGGUUGAGGACAGGCAACGAGAUGAAGCGGCAAGUAGAGCGGCAGCCGGCGUCGAUUGGCACCCACGAUUGUUUAAGAGAAUCGAUAAAGACUACGGCGCUACUACAGAAGACAUAGAACACUUGGAAUGGAUUAUUAAUGCUCACAUCGAUGCCCCGACGCCAGAGAAACAAGCCGAGCAGAUAAUGGCCAUAUACCCGAUAAUACCAGGACAAAAGUAUAGUGAUUGGAAUAUGAUACCACCAUCUGGACACCCGCACAAUGCUGAAACACCUUCUCCAGGGGAAACGACGACGGAUUUGAUCGACUUUGGCCAAAACGAGAGCCCAACGGCAACGGUCACGCCACCACAAUCCAAUAGGAACAGUAAGGAUAUCCCAAGCAUGCUACAAGCCACAGGCCGCCAACCAGAUGGUCCAUUGAUCGACUUUGCAGGCGACGUUAAGAAUAAUUCGCCGAAUUCGAAGGGACAGAGCCCAUAG